GUCGGGCGCUGCAGGGAGAGGCUGGAGCUCACCCGCCGUGCCGGAUGCACCAGCACCCACCGCCGCCCAUGUGGGUGCUCGGGGUGCUGGGGCUGGUGCUGAGCUGCCGGGGGGCAGGCGCCUUCCUGGUGCACGUGGCCAGCUCCUGCCCGCUGGCGGCCAACGGCUCCGCGCUGGAUUUCGACUUGGCCCUCGUCUUCAACAAGAACCCGCUGGUCUGCUACGACCCCGACGCCCGGCGCUUCGUCCCCUGCGACUGGGGGCUGCUCCGCCCCGUCGCCACCCAACUCGCUGCCGUCCUCAACAACGGCACCGCCUGGGUGCAGCGCGCCGAAGCCCGGCGUCGGGUUUGUGAUGACCUGGCCCCCCAAUUCUGGGCCCAGACGGCGAUGCGGCGGACGCCACCCCAAGUCCGCAUCAUCCCCGUCCCCCUCCCCAACACCCCCGACGCCGUCCUCCUCACCUGCCACGUCUGGGGCUUCUACCCCCCCGAGGUGACCGUCAUCUGGCUGCACAACGGGGACAUCGUGGGCCCUGGUGAGCACCCCCCCAUCUCCGCCAUCCCCAACGGUGACUGGACCUACCAGGCGCAGGUCACCUUGAUGGUGGCCCCGGUGGCUGGAGACACCUUCACGUGCUCGGUGCAACACGCCAGCCUGGACCGGCCCCUCCUGGAGGACUGGGGUCCUGGCUUGUCCCCAGGGCUGAUGGUGAAGGUGGUUGUGGCAGCAGUGAUAAUGACCCUGGGGCUGGUGGUCUUCACCACUGGCACCAUCAGCUACUGCCGGCAGGCUCCAGGUCCUGGCCCUGGUCCUCAUCCUGAUCCUGGUUCAUAUCAUGAUCCUGGUUCUUGUCCUGGUCCUGGUUCUUGUCCUGGUCCUAGAUCUGGUCCUGGUCCUAGAUCUGGUUCUGGUUCAUAUCCUGGUCCUGGUUCAUGUCCUGGUCCUGGAUCUGGUCCUGGUUCACAUCCUGGUUCAUGUCCUGGUCCUGGAUCUGGUCCCAGUCCUGGCCAUGCUCCCAGUCCUGGUCCCCCCAUGGCCACGCGUGACUACGCCGUGACCCAACUCUGAGCUCCCAGCCCUGGGGCAGAGCCUUCCCCCCGCUCCAUGACACCCCCCACCCCCAGCAGA